AUGGCGACCAGCUUGCUCGCAACCUACGGGCCGCACAGGCUCCUACGAACAGGCGUUUUGAGCAAGCAAGAUUCAAGGGGCUCUUUCCGACACACGGCGUCUCAAGGGAGCUCGUGCACAGCCACCUGUCAAGUAGGACGCCAGGUGACGGACACUUUCUUACAACGGAGAACCAUGUUCCAUCUUCAGAGAGCAGCAGGUGCCCGCCGCCGUUGCGCCCCCCGCUAUCUUUCGACUUUUGCUCGAGCGUUCGCAAGCCCCAAUCCGCAAGCCCCCGGCGAGUCUCAAGCUCGGCCUCCGUUCCCACCACUCAGAAGCCGCCACCCUGCGGAAGCGAAUUCAACCCCCGAUCACUCCCAUAAUGGCAGUGACGGAAACGGCUUCCGGGGUCCUUUGUCGCUGGAAGAUACUAGAAGUGAAGCCCCAGGGGGGGGCGAUUUGACACCGGAAAAGAGACCCCCGGUGGCUGCUGUGUUGGCUGAGAUGCGCCAGAGGUUGAAGAGAGCCAACGGGAAGCGAGCGGGAACUGCCGGUGCAGCAACGGGGCCUUCAGACGGGCGGGCAGAGUCGUCUAAGAGGCAAGCUGCUAUUAUGGAUGUUACGAGGAAUAGAGAGCGGCCUCAUCUCCCCGCUUUCAAGCACGCCCCCCCAAUCGCGGUGCUAUCUGCGCAGGCAGCGCAAAGUGCGGUGGAGCCCAUUGCGAAUGAACUGCUGACGCUUGAAGCGCCUUCCCUCAACACAGAAGUGUACCAAAGCACUCCUUCAGAAGUAGCGGGCAACGGCCAGUAUAAGGCUACAGAACUGCACGACCGGUCUGGGUUUGACGACGAAAUUAGCAGUUCCGUCGCCGGAGACUUGCUGUCGUUUCGUCAAAGUCCCCCCCAGAGCCUUCAAACGCAACCUCCCCGGACCCCUCCUUCGGUGAUAUCUUCCUGGAGUCUUCCCCCGAGUCUUUUCCCUGGUCAAAAACCCUCCAAGAAUUCUCCAGUUGAGGUGAGGCCAGAAAAUCCCGAUGCAGCCAGCAGUAGCGCCCCGCCAGACUCCCCAAACGGCCCAACUUCUCUGCGGAGGUUGCCUCCGAUGAAGCUGCGGAGUCGCAGCCUGUUCAGACGGAAAGUGGGACUGGGCGGGGAGCGAUCGGAAGACGGAGCCGGUUCGAGUGGUCGUGCGGACGAGGGCAGCCGUACGUUAAGCGACCGAAGCGCUUCGAGUGGGGAAAACGUUUCUAGAACCGCGGAGCCGAGUAGUGGGGAAACGGGAGGAGUUGGAUGGAGCGCGACUGAGCGGAACGGAAGUAGUCUUGACGAGUCACAAGCAGCGGGAAGAGAAAGGCCCCUCGAGGGCGCGUUGAAAGGAGAACUUGAGGGGGCCAUUCCGCUAACUGAGUGGAUGCACGCUGCUAGAGCGUCGGAGCCGCUGCGCACUUCUGCAGAUUCUAGGGGGUCACAGCCAUUGAGUGUCCUAGAAAACGCGGAAGAGAUUAGUUGUAUAGAAAGCGCAGACUUGGAUGUACAGAGGCUGUCUUUAGAUGCAGACGACGAUGCGCUCUUGACAGAGUGGUUAGGACCCUCUAACAGGUUUAGCGGAGCUCCGGAGAGCGAAGGGUUAGACCUAGAUUCUUCCGGGUCAUCAAGCUCUAGUCAGCAAACGGAAAUAAGUCAAACGGAAGUCGAGAACGGCAGCCAGACAGCGGCGGGCAUUUUAGAAGCGGAGUUAAGGGGCGGAGGGGGGGAAGCGACGCCCCUAACCGAGUGGUUGACACCGUCGGGGGACGAUACAGCGGUUCUUAGCCUAGACGAAUCCCCUGUGUCAUCUUCCCAGGCGCCGCUCACAGAAUGGCGGCCAGAAACAGGGCGGGACGGAGUUGGCGGCGCUAGUCGAGCUUCUUCAGAAACGAGAUUCCGGCUUCCGAUUCCGUUGGUCGAACCAACUUCGAGCGUCCGGACUGGGCAGCGGGCCCAGUUUCGAAAGUUUUUGCCGAAGGUUUCGGACCGGCUCGCGUUUCGAGGUGAACUGCUUCCGAAAAUGUCGCCGACCGUCGAGCAGGCCAAUCGGACGUCGGAUAAUGCGAACGGUACAAACGCUUUAGGGCGUUCAGGAGCUUUAGAUGAUUCAGACAGUUCUGGGCGCUUUUCGGACGGGGCUCAAAGCAUCUCAGACGCCUUUCAUAGCAAACCCCAGAGCGGACCCCCUAGCCAAUCAAAUGGCGCCCCCAGGGGUUCGGACAGCGCCUCAAGCGUUUCGGACGGGCCUCAAAGCUUUUCGGACGUUGCUGGUAGCCUUUCGGACGCGUCCCGGAGCCUUUCGGACGGCUCACAAGCAGUAUCAGUCGUCUCAAAAAGCCUCUCGGACGCUUUUUCGCUCGCUUCGGACGGUCCCAAGACCGCGCCGGACGGUCCAAAGAGCGCUUCGGACGGUCCGGACGAGCAGCGGACGCCCGAGUGGUACGCGCUGCGGCGGUGGCGGCUGACUGCGAGCGCAUUCGCGAGCGCGGUCGGGUUCUUCCCGGAGCAGCGGCUGCGACUGUGGGAGGAGAAACUAGAGCUGCGGGAGCCGUUCCGCGGGAACCAGGCGACCGUUUGGGGCACAAAACAGGAAACGCCCGCCCUCGAGCAAUACGCCCGCAUCACUGGCAACCAAGUCACCCACCAGUCGUUCCAAGUCUAUAAGGAUCCCGACGACGUAUAUACGUGGCUGGGCGCCUCCCCCGACGGCCUCAUGGCGUAUGACUCCGCGGGGCUGGGACAAGGCCCCGGGGUGCUGGAGGUGAAGUGUCCGUUUGGACGGGAGGGGCCGGAGAUUGUGCAGCCGUAUCCGAGCGUGCCGUUCUACUACAUCCCGCAAGUACAAGGGUUGCUUGAGAUCUUUGACCGGCAGUGGGCCGACUUCUUCGUGUGGACGGUCAACGGCAGCGUCGUGUUCCGCGUGGAGCGAGACCCCGCCUAUUGGGCGCUGCUCUUCCCCGUGCUCAGCCAUUUCUGGUGGCAGCACGUGGUUCCGGCGAAGCACGAGUUGGUCCACGGGCGGAAGGAUCCGGACUACCUCCGGACCAGAUUCGAGCCGCAGCCGAAGGACGUCCGCACGGAGCUGAUCAUUGCGGAGAGCAAGCGGCUGUCCGCAAGGUCACCCGCGAUCUGGACGGAUUCCGGCCGAGUGCGGAACGGAAACUACGGAUGA